AUGUCAGUGGCAGGUCAUAAGCUGUACGUGGGAAAUCUAGACCGCCACGUGGAGUCAAAAGAUCUCUACGAUUCAUUCGAGAAGUUCGGGAAAGUGGAGCGUGUGUUCAUGAAGGAAGGCUAUGCAUUUGUUCACAUGGUCGACGAGAGAGAUGCUGACGAUGCCAGGCGAGACAUGGACGGAAGGAAGAUUGCCGGCUGCCGUGUGAAAGUGGAGAGAUCUCGUGACACCCGUAGAGGUCCUGGUGGAGGAGGGGGAGGAGGAGGAGGCGGCGGCGGCGGCGGCGGUGGUGGUGGAAGAGGGGGAGAUAGGCGAAGUGACGAGUGCUUUUCCUGUGGUCGUCCAGGACACUUUGCAAGAGACUGUCGUGGUGGCGGAGGGGGAGGAGGAGGAGGGUAA